UGGCGAUCGACCAUUGUAUCUGUAAAGAAUAAAGCCUGUAGUAGACAGCUUGACAGCCUCUCGAUUCACUAUGUCACAUCACGAAAACCAGAACCCCGGAGAAGCAGCUAUCCAUGAAGACGAACCGAUUGAGGAUUCACAACGUAAUUCAGACAGCGAGGGAGCGCAAGAUAGCGUAAGGAUCAAACGUAAACCGAAAACAUUUAAGCCUGCAACUAGUAAGAAGGAAAGAAAACGCACACAAAAYAUCAACGCUGCAUUUGCUGAACUCAGGAAACAUAUACCAAACGUUCCUUCAGACACUAAAUUAUCAAAGAUAAAAACUCUAAAACUUGCCAUGAGCUAUAUUCAUCACUUGGAGUUUCAGCUAGAUGGGGAGGAGCAGUGCGGUGUAUUGGAACAUUCGCAGCCGGAAUCAACACAAACCGAGCCCACAACACCAAGAGAGGAAUCAAGAGUUGAUUCAAGGAAAAACUCUGAAAGCAGCUCKCACGAUGAGCCCGAUGAAGAAUCAAGGUAUAAUUCUCGACGAAGUUCGCGCACAGGAUGGCCUCAGCACGUCUGGGCUUUAGAGCUUGCUCAUGGCACAACGACGUCGGAUAGAAAGACCUUGCAACAAAUAGCCGUAUGAGCGGAUGGRGCAUCACUACUUUGCCAGMAAGUGAGUUUUAUUCAGCGUCUGCUGUGGAGGAAUCCUCUAUUUGCUUCUUGACAAGAAAUCUCUUUUGGUAACGGUAAUCCGAAUUACCUAGAACGACUUGAAAGUUCCAUUAUAUACAAUCCAUGCUUCCCCGUCAGAGUACGCUAAAGUUUCUACUCGGAUAUUCUAUCAAGAUUUUUWAUUGUAAAUAAAUGAUUUAAGAGCGAAGAACAGAUCACCUUCCAUUCCAUCUAUUGCUAAAAACCAAAAAAAGAUAAUUUUCAAAGCCAGUUGACGUUUCUUUAAGUGUAAAAUUUCAUAGAUAACGCAGUCCUUGUAAAUACCGAUGCAAUUAAACGUAUACGCUAUACCUUGUUCAAGCAACACA